UUUCUGCAACGUUUAACGGUUUAACUUCUAACGACUGGGCUACACUAUAGGAGCACACUCGCCGAGAUUUUUUCCGCCUGUAAAACUACAAAUAAGAGAGAACUACAGUUCCCAUCUGCCAUUGCACAUCCCUCUACCGCAAACAAAAGAGCCGCAUACGUGCACACACAACACUUUUUUUUAUAAAAGAGACACAUAGCUCAAUAUCAGUAACACAACGGUGCGCUUUCAGUAAAUAUGAUGCUACCGACAAAUACAGCCGCUAACACAGAAAAAGCCGCACGAGUCGUCGCGUGAUUUCACGCUUCCGGAAGUUAGAAUGGCGUGAGAAAGAGAGAGCUGUCCGAGGUGCUGACACAAUGGAUGAACCUCAAGAGUCAUCGUCCUGUAUCACCGAUGCCCACAACUCCAGCAGCAGUACUUCACAAUGCAAUGGAGUCCCAGAGUGCCGGACCCUGCUGCGGGUGCCGGAGUCCCACGGACUCCAGCUGCUGGGCGUGCUCAGAUCAUUCAGGGAGCAGGGCUUGAUGUUUGACUUCACCAUUAAGGUCCAGGAGCAAAGUUUUCCCUGCCAUCGCUGUGUCCUUGCAGCAUGCAGUGAUUUCUUCAGGGCCAUGUUCGAGGUGGACAUGAGAGAGCGCGGUGAUGGUUCAGUGACUCUGGGUAACCAGUGUCCGGUGGCAGUGGGUUCUUUCUUGGACUUUGCCUAUUCUGGAGAGAUACUCAUCACUGAUGGCAAUGUGGACAUGCUGUUUCAGGUUGCCUCUUUUCUGCAGGUUACAGUAUUGUCCCGAGCAUGCAGCAACUUCCUGAUAGAAACCAUGGAUCUUGGUAACUGUCUGUCCCUCUUCUCCCUCGCUGAGGCCUACGGCUCUGCCUCCCUCCUCCAAAGUGCCAACGAGUUUGUGGUUCAGAACUUCUCUGACCUCUCCAAAACCCAGGACUUUCUGGACAUGCAGGUGAAUGUGUUGGAGGCAUGCCUAAGUUCAGAUGCUCUAAACGUGCCCAGUGAGGAGGCCGUGGUGAUGUCCCUUCUUAGAUGGACAGGCCAUGAUCUCUCAAGAAGACAAAAACUGCUGCCGGGCUUGUUAUCUCUGACCAGACUCCACCAUUUACCUGCACCUGUACUAAAGACCCUGCGUGACUCAGACGCCCUCCUCUGCGAUGGUAAGUCGUGUCUCGCCCUGCUCUCAGAGGCUCUUAGCAAGCAGGAUCAUUACAGCGGCCUGCUCUCUGACGCCAGGCCAGCCACCACACAGAGCUACAUCUACACCCACAAGACGGAGGAGAACGGAGAGAUCCGCCACACCUUCUGCUACUGUCUGGAAACAGACCAGUGGAAAGAGCUGGGGACAGGGCACGGAGAGGGGGGCGCUGCUAUGCCAGACCCACCAGGAUCCUGCGUUACCAGCUUUGCUGAGAAGAUGUUUGUGACAGGCGGUUGCCGGGGGAACUGUUGCCGGGCAAUACGUCUCCAUGUGGCCGAGCCGUUCCACGACGCCACGGACGAGGUUUGGUGUUUCUGUCCUGUGACCCUAACCUGCACGCGUGCGCCUCCCAUGCGAAAGCCCAGAACCACGCACACAGCUGUGACCUGCCUGGACCGAGUGUACGUCAUUGGAGGACGGACCAAAGGAUCAAGAAGGGGAGCUCCCAGUCUGCUGGAGGUGGAGUAUUAUAACCCUCUGAUCCAGACCUGGUGCUCAGUCAGCCCGCUGCCCACUGCCAUCUUCUACCCUGAGGCCAGUGCUUGUGGAAGUGUUAUCUAUACACUGGGCUCAGAGGUGGAGCUCACAGACUCCUUCAACCCCUCGCUGGACUGCUUCUUCCGCUACGACACCCAGCAGGACCAGUGGAGCCGCCUGGUGGCAGAGUUUGGCCAGUUCUUCCAUGCUACACUGGUCAAGGCGGUGUCGAUUCAUAAUACACUGCACCUCUGUGACCUCUCCACUUACAAAGUCUACAGUUUUUGUCCAGAGACCUGCGUGUGGAAGGGUGAAGGGUCAUUUGAGUGUGCUGGGUUCAAUGCUGGAGCGGUUGGUAUGAGAGACAGAAUCUAUAUCCUGGGUGGAGACUAUUCACCUGACGAGAUCACCGAUGAAGUUCAGGUGUACCACAGUGAGAGAAACCAAUGGGAGGAAGUGACUCCCAUGCCCAGAGCACUCACUGAGUUCCACUGCCAGCUAAUCAGCUUCAACAGAUACAAAGACCCAUGGGGUGACACUGCUUGAUACACAGCAGACACCCACUCAUGAAAACAUGUGAGUAGAUAUACAUGUGUGUGUUACAUGUGUCACUGAUGUAAGCAAGUACCCAUGAGUCUCCCUUUGAGGCUUUCAACCCUCUGUGCACGACAGACAGCUGACUGAGAGAAUGACAAUCUGUGACUAUCACCGCAUCACUCACACAUCUUCACAUCCCAAGAGCACCUAAGCCAGAUAUUUCUUUUAUUGUUUUUGUUUAUUUAAAGGCUUUAAUCCUUAACUUUGUAUGUGUGAAGCACCUGCUGUCAUAGGGUCUCUGUUGUGUCAUUCAAAAUGUGGUCUCUCCCAUGGAGGAACCCUAUAGAGUAGAAGACUAUUUUAGAAAUCCUAUUUUAGUAACUGAAUAUUUUUUUUUCCUGCUUUGUAUGAAAAGGAGAAUUCCCCAGAAAAAUAACUCACAGUAUCUGUACACUUAUCAGCUCUCCUACAGCUAGAACAUAGAAAAUAAUACUUUAUCUAACAGUUUUGAAGCUCCAUUUACACAGCCUUCAUGAGGAAUUCAGUGUUAUUUUCCUGCAUUUGGGGUAUUUGCAUCAUGAAUGGAUCAAAUAACUUUGUUUUGGCAAAAUUACACAAACACGUAUACGUCCCUUUCAACUAAAUGUGCUUCACAAGAUGGUAAUAUUUUUAGAAAAUGGUCCUAUUAUGGGUUUGUGUUAUAUUCUAUGUCAUUAGGACUCCCUGUUAUUUUCCUGAUUCGUCCUUUGUUUUAGCUGAUGAAGACCUGCUCAUACAUAAUAAUAAAUAAUUGAAUGGCAAUGCUGUGUAAAUGAUCUGGGUGGAUUUUCAUUUUAAACUACUUGCAUAUAUUCUGUUUCCGACUGCCAUGUAUCCAUGCAUGCCCUGUUUCUCCUCUCAUGAUGUAUAAUUCUACAUGUGAUCAAUCCACAAAUCUCCUGAUAAGCUUCAGUAACUGCUUUGAUGAAAAUGUGCAACUGUCACAGAGAAACACUCUGUAGCUUCAAAGAACACAAAUGCUUAACAUUUCAGAGAGCAGGAGGAGAAAAGGGCGUCACGGUGUAAAUCAUAAAUGCAAAGUACAUUUGUGUUAUGAAACAGAAAACUAAUCCAACAAAUGAAAGACUGUUUAAUGGCAAGAAGUGAACAUAAACAUAAUGCUUCCUUAUUUGUGUAGAUGUCUUCUUCUUUGAGUAGAUAUAAUGUCUGCAUAGAUACUUUCAUCACUUAGUAAAAACAGAACAAUAGACUCAACAGCAUGGUUCAUGUAUCAUUGUCACAGGAAUGCCACAUGGGAUGCUGUACUGCUGUUUAUGUGGCAUUACUGUGUAUCAUAGCUGUCACUUUAAAACCCCUGUUUAUUUAUUUUUAUUCACCCUCCCAUCUCUACUGUGACUUCCCCUUUGGCUCUUGCCAAAUAUUCAAGGCCACUUUCAAAACACAUCUCAAAACAAAUUCUGAUCUAAGAUUAGUUUUUAAAUGACAAUCUGUCUGAAGCAAUCACAUGAUUUUAGACAUCGCAUCGCUACUUGAGCUCUGGACCAGACUAAAAAAAAAGAAUGAAAAGAUGUAAACACUGUGUCUGAAGAAUAAUCAAAGUCCUACAAUAAUCAGGCUGGCUUCCUUCCACACACAUCUCUCUGUCUCCUCUUCCUCCCGUUCAUCUCGUCUCUUGUUGCUCCAUGGUUUAGGCCUGGUACGCUUUCACCAGCAGCCACAUCAGCAGCACAGUGAUUAAGACGAUCAUGAAGUUGAGGAACAGCUCCUGUACCGAGCGGUCCAUGGUGGUAUCACACCCGAGAAGAGGAGGAGGGGAGGAAAGAAGCAGACAAAUACGAAGGGUGCAGAUGUUGAGUGUUUUUUAUAGAGCUGAGGCUGGUCCUGGACCUGAGAAGUGUAGAGAGAUAUGAGCAAUGAAACAUAUAAUUAAGGUAUUACCAAGGCAAAUAGUAUGGUGGUAAAAAUAUAUAUAUAUAUAUAAGUGUAUGUGUGCCUACAGUGGCACAUGUGCUGUGUUUUGCGUGUGCAUGUUUGUUAUCAUAGAUUAGAGGGAUCAGACACUUCUUAGGCGGGUCGUUCCAUCUGUUCCAUCACUCAACAGGGAGAGGGGCCAACAAUACGCCCUUAUAUAAAGACAUGGGAGAUGACGCACACACCAGCAAAGUAUACUCAAUAAUACACUAUCAUACAUGUGAUCAGGUUAGAAAGUACUGUAUGGGAAAGUUAUUGGUGUAUGAAAAAAAUAGAUACAAGCCCCUUUGCACCCGUUGCAUUUUCAAAAUCAGAUGUAGCCGGUGAACUGUUACCUUUCCUUUUUUGGCAGCAAUCUCACUAUGAGCAGGAAGAGGAGAAAGCAGACGUUCUCAUGCGCUCCAGUAGUACUUGAUCUCUGAUAGCUUGUCUUCUCGCUGACAAUUCUAUUGUGGCACUUCUUCUCUGUAGUAUCUGUUAGCAGCUGAUCUUCUUGCUGUUGUCCAGCUGUCUUCGGUGGCCAGGGGAAGGGCCCGGUCCUAAAGUAGUCACCCUAGCGGACCGCCCAUGUUUCACAUACAACCGGACUGAUGUCACGCAGCAACUAAACAACCAAUAGAGUGUCUUACUUUCCACAAUAUCAUCCACUGGUGUUUUCCAUCUAUAACCAUACAGAGUCUCCCUCUUACACAGAGACACACAACAGUGGAGGGACUCAGGGUUAUUUAUAAAACAUUAUUGCAGAUACUAGGUGGAUUACAGUUGUUCCAAACACAAUAUCCAUGUCUUCUGAUGGAUAUGGGAAACUGAAACAGUAUCUGUAGCUGGGUAUGAGCUAUGCACAGGGGCAAAGAACAAUAACCGAGUGACCUCUCCAAAAUGCAACAUUGGAGGCAUGUAGAUUUAAAUCCAGUUGAUACCACAGUUUAUCAUGCUGUCUGGCAAGUCAAAGAGGAAAAAGGAAAGGUUAAUUCCUCCCUUAGUUAUUUAGAUACUUUAAUACGUAAUAUCAUGCCACUGCACUUGAGUUACUUUCACUAUUCUCUGUGACUGCUGGAUGACACCUACCAGCCAGGAAAGACAAUAAAAGGAUGUGUAGGGCCAUUCUCAAGAGGGUGGGACUUAUUGUAUAGGCCAGCCUGUUGGUGACAGAAAAGAAAGAACAGAGGAGAGUGGCACGCUAUGGAGAGCACGACCCUUUUUGUAAUUGACAAUGACAGAUAACCCUCAUCCCUUUAGUAUUUUUGUUUGGUAAUUCUAUUUCUUGACCUAAAUGAACUGAAAACUACUGAGCUACCAGUACUGACUGCAAUGACAUUAAACAACUAAGAUACAACGUGUUAAUUAGACAGCAGAUGUUGCCACCUUUGGACAAAUCCAGGUUAGCUGUUUCCCCCUGCUUCCAGUCUUUAUGCUGAACAAAGAUAACCACCUGCUGGCUGUUUACUGUGAGGUCAAGAGAGUGCUGUCAAUCCUCUCAUCUAAUUCAUCCGCCAGAAAGCAAAAAAGUGUAUUUGCCAAAACUAUUCCUUUAAAUAGAUGUUGAUAGUAAAGUGUUUUUCUCUCUCUUGUGGUAAUGUAUAACCAUUGUUCUUUUACACUCUCCCUUCUACGCUGGUGCUAAGAAAGGGAUUUUGACAGUUCACCACAGUGAACCUCUCAGUUCAUCUCACACUUGACAGCUGCUUAAAACCGUGUUAUCUUUGAUCUAAUGUUAAACCCCCUUGACACACCUUCCGUACACACAGAGGGGUCACAGCAGGACAAAGUGUGUAUGAGCUUGGCUCCCUUGAACCUCUCCAUCACAGGAUUCCAAGGUCUUUCCAGAGGAUUUAAAAGAUCAAAACGUCUGCUAUUUUAUCCC